AAUCCAACAACAAAGGAGGAACGAGAGCAAUGGGACUGGGCAUCCCUGUUUUAAUCCUUCAAGCCUUUUCUCAAUGAUACUUGCGUGACAUUUUUCAUGGUCUUGUAAUUAUUGAAUUUGUUGAAAAAAGCUUGCCAAAGUUGAUUUGGUUUGUUUGAUGUGGAAAUCGUCGACUUUACUAACUUCAAAUCAAUUUGGCACAGCUGAUUAACACACUGGAAAGAAUUAACUUUUCGAUAAAUUUAUUAAGAUGAAAUUAAAUUAAUUUUUUUUAUUUAUUAUUGCAAAUGAUAAAAAAUACUUCAAGCUUCUUCUUAACGCUUAAAUAGAUUUCGUGGUGUUUGUAUUGAAACGUCGAUUAACAGGUUUCCACCCUUAAUCUUUAUUUUCUUGUCAACAAACGGAAUUAUAAAACAUUAUCCCGUAUUCGGUAUACCAAAAUGAAAAUGCUCGAGCCCAAAAGAUGUUUGCUCUGCAUUCAACCAAUUAUUUGUAUGUAUGUAUUUGUCACAUUCAACAUUCGGUCAUAAUCCUAAUGGCGAAUUUUGACAUUAUGAAAAAUAAUUUUUUUCAGUUAAACAUAAAUAUUAGAAUAUCUUUUGUGGCUUUAAAAAAAAUAUAACCAGUUUAAAAGUUUAAUCGAUUUUAUUGUAAUUAUUUCUUACGGAAAGCAAGUCUGUCCCUAAAUUGCCGAGCUUUUAAAAUGUUUUGUUUUCUGGCAACAUUGCUAUGAUGGCAUGUCAAUUUUGAUUGUUUUGAGUCGCUGAUGCUUUAUUUAUUUUUGGAUAAUUGUAUUAACGCUCCCACGACCAACUCUUCAGAAAACCAAUCCAUUUCAACUUCGUUUCUGCAUUUAGUGAGAUACACUUUCGCUUUCAAAGGUGUGUAACUCGUUCUUAGAAACUUAAUUCUUAGACUUGAAAUGCAGCUGCAACUGGCGACGCUUCUGAUCAUUUGCCUUGGGCGAUUUAUCGAAGUUUUUGCCCAAGGCAUGCCGAUUACUCCCUGCCCGAAAAUCUUCCAGUACCGCUUUGAUGGCAGCGAAUGGUUUGGCCUGAUGGCCAUCCACAGCCCUGAAUCUCAUCAUCCGCUGCACCUUCGGGUCACGCUUUCAAUGCGAGGCAAGCCCACCACGAACUACCUAGGCGAGAUCGAGCUGCUCACACGCGGGCAAUUCGCCAGCCACGCUGCAGUGCUUUAUAAGAUCCGUUUUCCGAAGCACCACUUUCCUCCCAAGGUGCUCCUUAUUUCGGCCAACAACCAAGUCAUUUGCUUUGGGACAGGAGGUGUGUAUACAAAUUUGCUAUGCGCUCUUAAAGAGCAAAGUAUCUUCAUGACCCAAAUACAACUGGAGCACAUUAGGAAACUAGCUUUCAUUCCCGAUAAAAAGAUAUCUUUGUUACAGACUGGAGAGGUUCAAAAGAUGGUUGCCGAGGAGACGGUUGCUAACCAAAAUCACGGCUUAAAGCGUCCACAUCCACAAUCGUCGCAGACCCAGUUGAAGAAAAAGCUCUUUACCCACCUACCAAAGGAGAUGUGUGGACGAAUCAACCGAGGCUAUGAUAUUCGGCUGAAGAACCCAGGCGGACCCCUUGAUUUGAAGACGGUUCAGGAAACUGCCAAAAGCUCCGAUACCAUCACAUCGCCAGUAUUCGCCGACGAUGAUGAUAGCUUCGCACACAUAUGGGAUGACAGUAUGGAAAUGAGUGAAGCAGAUAGCGAAGACGAUGUGGGGGCCGGGAGCCUCCCAUCUAUUAUACGCGGUUCCUGGCCCUGGUUAGCUGCCAUAUAUGUUAACAACCUUACAUCUCUUGACUUCCAAUGCGGUGGGACACUGGUAUCCGGUCGAGCUGUCAUCAGCUCAGCACACUGUUUUGAGAUGUUCAAUAGUCGUUACACAGCCAAUGAGGUGCUCGUUUUUCUUGGCAGGCAUAAUCUUAAAAAUUGGAACGAAGAAGGCUCGCUAGCGGCACCUGUUGAUGGGAUAUACAUCCAUCCUGAUUAUAAUAGCCAGCUAAGUAGCUAUGACGCAGACAUUGCCGUGAUUGUGCUUAAGGACGCUGUGCGAUUCAACACCUUUAUUCGCCCAGCCUGUCUGUGGUCUGGUUCUAGCAAACCGGAAUACAUCGUGGGAGAGCACGGCAUCGUUAUUGGCUGGAGCUUUGACAAGUCAAACACAACGGCAGGCUUUCAAACAGGAAUGGCUUCUAGUAAAAAGGUGAUCGAUACCAGCAUCCCUAAAAUGGUAAAAGCACCUAUUGUUAGUAGCGCAGACUGCUUUCGUGCCAAUGCGCAUUUUCGCAGUCUCUCUUCAAACCGAACUUUUUGCGCCGGCGUUCAUUUUGAGUCCCAUCAUGGGGCCAUCGAAUUCUACACUGGUAUAUCGGGUGCCGGACUUUUGAUCUUUAGAAACAACCGCUGGAUGUUACGAGGAACGGUAUCGGCGGCCCUUCCUGCGGAAAAACCGCAAGAGUCUGAAAUUACUCACAGGCACUGUUGCGGGAACCAACUAAUGGUAUAUGCCGACGUGGCCAAGUUUCUCGACUGGAUUACUGCAUUCAUUAUUUAGCAGCCCUGCUAGAAAGACAUUUAAGACGCUGUGAUAGCCCAUGGGAAUAGCGAUGGCAGGGUAAAGAAAUUUAGAAGGAAUUUAAAAUAAUAAUUUUUGUUGUUUUUUGCCCUAAAUUUAAUAUUUUUGAUAAUGAAAAUUUAAAAGUACAUAAUAGUUUAAUCUAUGUAUGUAAAUAUAUACAUAUUGUAAAGAGGAGCUCCAAUGAAGGAAAAAUUUUACUCCAGAGUUAAAGUUCCGAA